AUCAUUCCUCUCCAUUUGUAAACAGACGUGUUAUCGGGUAAACGAUCGUUAAAUGACGGGAUCACUGACACCAUAUGAGGAACAACGUCUCAAGAAUAUUGAGAGGAAUAAAGCACUUUUACAAUCUUUAGAGAUUGAAUCAGCAAAAGAUUCGCUCACGUCAAUUGCCAUCGAAGGUGAGAAAGAAGUCAAAAACAGUACCAACGCCAAACGACAACGAACUACAACUACUAAAGCCAAACAACGAAAGGUACCAGAAAAGCCAGUUAGUAUUAGAAAAUCUUCGAGAUUAAGAGGAGAAGCACCAUUAGAAAUUGAAAUAGAUAAGGAGAACAAUAUUGAACUAUUAAAUGAGCAGCUUAAGAACGACCCAAGAUACCAAGAUAUUCUAGAUGAAGGCAAAUUACUGACAGCGAAAGAAUACUUUAGUAAGGAAAUUCGAGAAAAAGCCAUCAUUACAGAUGGACACUUCAAAGGUUGGGUCAAUCCAGUGAUCGUCAAGAAAUACGGAUUGGAAUCAUCCGCCACUGAGGCUUGGGAGAAAAAUGGCGGCGGAACGUAUUCCUUCUUGGAUCCUACAGGAAGUGGCAAGAAGCGGAAACGAGGAUCAGCGACCAAUGCCAAAGCAGACGCUUCGAAGAUGUUCAAAAAAAAUCCAAAUCAAUACUUUUAUAGAUUGAACGAGCCCGGUGAAGUGCAAUGGUUUCAUGAUUGGUCAGAGGAAGAAAAGGCGCUUUUCAUCGAGGUUGCCAAAGAGCAUGGCUGCGGUGACAAGUGGGGAUUAUUCGCAAGUUACAUACCACAUCGUGUUGGCUAUCAAUGCAGCAGCUUUUAUCGACACGAGAUUAUCAAGAAUGGCAUUGUUUUUGAUCCUAAUUUCCAAUUUACACCCUCGGGCGAGCCUGUGUACGUUGGUGCAAAUCGCUCACGACGCUAGCAGUUGUAACUGAGCUUCAUUUAUUCGAAUUAUAAUCGUAUACCAGGCAUUUAAUAAUAAUCAUUCUUUGCAUCUAUUUUAUUAAGAAUUCACACUAUUUUCUACAAAUAAACGGCCCACCCUGUCAAAACCGAUUAUGUUAUGGCGGGAUGCAGCA